AUGCGAGAAGACGUGCUUUGGGUGAGUAUAAGGGCCCCCCAAGUGAAGGUCACACGUGUGUCUAUCCACACAGAGGGCAAAAAAGCCACAGGUAAACAUCUUAGUGGGGAGGAUAAUCCAAAAUGGGUAAAGACAAACGCGAUAAGUUUCAAGGGGUGUGGAAAUGUCUGUGUAAGGUUUUUCCUUCUAUUGUGUUUUUUCGUCAAGGUACCCCCGCAUGCUGUGAAACAGCGCAGAGUGCUAACAACGCUUAACGAACCAAAGUGGAAGAACUGGAACAUAAGCACAGAGGAUUUAGAAGAAAACGUCCAAAAAUUAACGGAGCAGGUAGGAUAUAACGACACCUUAGAAGACGAUGAAGAAGCUAUUGUUUCCAGGGAGCUAAUCAACAGGAACAUUGGAGCCUUUCUAGGGAUCAACAAAAAAGGCAUCCGAAAAUGGUACAAACAAUGCCUCAGUGAGAAGACUAGAUAUUGGGAAAUGAAAAUCAACUUCUGGAGACGGUUCAAAACUUAUACAUUGUUCGAAUUGUUUUAUGGAGAAAAAACCAGAGGAGUAAAUGAGCUCUGGAAAAAUAAAAUGUGGGUCAUUUGGCUCAGGUCCAUUCAUAGAAUGAUGUGGAUAGAGGACGUUGAAGAUACAAUUGAAUUUAAAAAAAGAAUAAAAAAGUGUUACUCCCACAUUUAUAUCCGUGAUGGGUACGCCAAGAAGAGGAGGCACUUUAAGAAAGUGAAGCAGAAGAAGAUUGUGAAUGCGUGGAACCACUUUCUAGAUUCUUAUAUGGACAAGUGGGAGAAGGAAAGGAAGUCCAUGGCGAUGGCCAUGUGCACGCAGAACUUGCAGUGCAAUGACGACAGCGGUAUCGACAAUGGAAGUAGCAUUAGCGGCAGCAUUGAUAGCAACAUUGAAAGCAGCAUUGAAAGCAGCAUUGAAAGCAGCAUUGAAAGCAGCUUUGGUAGCCCAUUUUUGAAUAUCCUGAGCGCCAACACCAACACUGGGCGGAAGGGAAGCCCGCCAACCAAGACAAGGACAGCAACAACGGAGCCAACAGAAUCUGUGCCCACGAAAGCGAGGGUAGCUAAAAAAGGGGUGGUUAGAAGAGGGGUAGCCAAAGGAGGGGUAGCUAAAACGGGGGUGGAUAAAAAUGGGACUGCCAAAACGAGGACUGUCAAAACGAGGACUGUCAAAACGGGAACGGCCAAAACGAGGACUGUCAAAACGAGAAGGGCCAAAACGGGGACAGCCAGAACGGGGACAGCCAAAACGUGGGUACCGAAAACAGGCGCCGUCAAAACUGUCGCCACCAAAACAGCUCAAAGUAAAAGAACGAAGAUUCCCCCCCACACUACCACCAUCUGCUAUGGUCCGCGGCGAAUGGAUAAAGUGGUCGUCCCUACAACUCACGCUAAGCAGAACCGACGUAAGACAGCUCCACAAGCGAGCGUGUAA